UGUGCUCCCCACAUUGCCCGGCCACAGUGUGUCUGUGCCAGCAGGAAAGGGAGGGCGGUGGCCGGGCAGCCCAUGGUGAGGCAGCACAGGUCCCUCCCGCGCCUGCUGCUCCCGUCAUGUGGUUUCACACCCCCUGGACUCAUUUCCAAAAAAGCAUUUCCUCCUGCCGCGGCUGGGUGUAAAAGCCUGUGUGGGGAGGGCUGGCGCUCACUUGCCACGCGUCACACACUGCCGGCAGCGAUGGGGUGCCAGGGCACCCUGCCCAGGUGCUGAACUGCCCUGACACCCCACUGCGCCCACUGCCCUGGUCCACUCGCCACCCCGGCAUGACCCAGCCGCAUCGGCCACAAGGAUGAAGCUCUGCUGCCCAGGGGUGUCUUGGGUGAGUGUGGCAGUGCUGGGGUCCCACGGACCCCUGGCACCGAUUGCAGGGUGCCCUGGGGCUGUGGCUACAGCGGGUCUGGGGGGUGGGGGUCUGGGGGCAAGCCCAGUGCAAGCAUGCCUAAAAAGCUUGCUCCCCCCUCAGCUGAACACCUGGGAAUGGGCUCUGCCUCGCUGAAGCACCUGCAGCAUGGCACAGCCGCGGGGAGCACGGGCAUGGCACAGCCAUGAAGGACUGCCGGCAUGGCCGCGAUGCAGCCGAGGGAGUGUGGGCUCAGCCACGGGGCUGCAGGCAGGGCACCGCCACGGGGACUGGCCGUGCUGGUGGGCUGUGGGAGCGGGUCAGGGCUGCCAGUGGUGGCAGCUGCCAGGGCCACCCUGGGGCUGGCUGGGUGACUGCCCCAGCACACGGGCACCAGGAGCAGAGACGGCACGGGGGCUGCGUUACGGGCCAGGGCAGCGGCUGCAUGGCAAAGGAGCCGGUGUCUCCCCACGGUGCAGCCAGCGGUGGGGUUGCACCUGUGCCGGCGGCUCCCGCGCCCGUGGGGCACCUGCUCCGGGUGCUGGGGAAGGGGCAGCUGCCCGCUGGCAGGCAGGGCGUGCAGGCAGGACCCCACCAUGGGAAGGUCGUGCUUCAGCGGUGACUCAGAUGUGCUGCUGGCAGCUGGGGCUGAGGCGGCUGCCCCGAUCUCCCAGCAGCGCCCUGCAAGCGGGGCGGCCUGCGCGUGGUUUCCAGUCUGCUGCUGGUGGCGGCUUUAAUAGAAAAUGAUUCAGCUGCCGUAAUCAGGGCUAUUGCGGCUGGGAAAUCCAGCCCCCAGCGAGGAAUCCCCUGGCUCCCUGCCCGCGCUGCCAGUGCCGUGGCCCUCCCCGGCCCCCUGCCUUCCCCGGGAUGGGGGUGCCGGCGUGGGCACCCUGUCGCCACCGCAGCCGUGGGGGGAGCGGGGCUCCCCUGGGUGCAGCAGCCGGUGCCCCAGGGUGGGGGAGUGGUGACCUAGUUUGGGACGCACGUACGAGGCGCGAUAGCAUCGGGGAGAGCGUGAGCCGGGCACGGCUUCCUCUUGGGGAGGAAAUCGCCUCCUCUGCAAGGAAGAAAAACCCCAGGAAAGAGAAGCCAGCAGCAUUAACCCUCCCGCGCUCAGCUGCUGACACCUCCCCAGGCUGGUGAGCCCCAGCACCGCCAUCAGCCCGUGCACCCCCUCCCUUGUCCCCGUCCCCAGUGGGGCAGGCAGCCGAGCACCCUGGGACCGCUCCCAGCCAGCCUGGCGGCACUGUUUGCAGAGCACGCGAGGAUUACCAGGGGUGGCACAGCAGCCCCCAUGGCAUACGUGUCUUGCAGCACCAGCAGGAAGCCAGUUGCCUGCGUAGGGCAAGGGAAGCACGGCACAGGGGCUGCUGCGGGGCAUUCCCAGCCCUGGGGCACCACACCUGUGCAGCUCUGGGGCACAGAGCUGUGGCCCCAGCCGUCCUGCCCGACACAGGCACUGGUGUCCACAUGGCCCAGCAUGUGCAGCCGGAAGGGUGGAGGGCACGGUGCGAGGGCUGCCCCCGCAGCUGCAUGGCUCCUGGGGUGCCCCAGCUGCCGGCAUCCCUGCCCUCUCCCUGCCCACAGGUGAUCCUGGCAGCGCUGUGGCUGGCAGGCAGUGAAUCACAGCCCCCAGGGUGCCAGGACCGCCCUGUGCCACAGGGGCAGCAGGUCCUGGUACGGCCACCCACCCGCCUGCGGAGGCAUGUCACCAGACCCCCCUGCCCCGCUGGCAUGAACUGGAUCAAGGAGGCUCACCGGUGCUGCACCCAGUGUCCUGCAGGGACGUUCCUGUUUGCCCCAUGUUCGAGCCACAGCAACAACAGCGUCUGCACCGCCUGUCCUGCUGGCACUUUCCGCGCCCAGCCAAACACCCUCCCCAAAUGCCAGGCUUGCUACGAGUGUGACCGGCAAGCUUUCCAGAGCGUGCUGAGCAACUGCUCGGCCACCAGCAAUGUUGCCUGUGGCUGCGAGCAUGGCCGUUUCCGUGACUGCCUUGAUGAGCACUGCAAUGACUUCUUCUGCCGGCAGUGCCAGCCCUGCGUUGGGCGACUCAUCCAGCGGCCAUGCUCAGAGGUGCAGGACACGCUCUGCGGUAGCUGCAAGCCUGACUUCUACGCUGAGGGCAGUGAGUGCCGGCCGUGCCACACGAGCACCCAGGAGACAUGCGGCACAGAGUGCCAGCGCGUGUGCAGCGGCAGCAGCAGGCAAGGCACGGGUCUGGAGUACCUUCUGCUGGCGUUCACCGGGCCCUUCUUCCUGGGUGCCCUUGCCAUCUACCGCAAAAGGAAGCGGCUCCGGCACAGCACCCUGGCAGGCAGCCCCCUCCCCAUGGCACAGGUGGCCACCCCCACCGCCAGGCCCGUGGCCAUGCCGUGGUACCAGGCCAGCGCCCAGGUGUGGGACAGCUCAUGCUGCACCCAGCUGUACUCCCCUAAGGUGACGGAGCAUGCUGCCAGCACGGUGAGGCAGAGCCCCAAGCACCAGCCUUUAUUGCGGGAGCAGCCCAGUGGUGCGGCACAGCCGGGUGGUCAGGUGGAGCCCUCUGCUCCCCUGGAGCCCCGUGGUGCCCUGCUGCAUGGCAGCCAGCUCUACACCAUCAUCGACGUGGUGCCGGUGCGGCGCUGGAAGGAGUUCAUGCGGGUGCUGGAGCUGCGGGAGGCAGAGAUUGAGCUGGUGGAGCUGGAGGUGGCCCACAUCCGUGACCAGCAGUACGAAAUGCUGAAGCGCUGGUGCCAGCAGACCAGCGCCACGCUUGACCGUGUCUAUGCUGCCCUGGAGCGCAUGGAGCUGGCUGGUUGUGCUGAGGCGCUGCGCCGGAGCCUGCUGGCGGGCCCCUGACCCCCACCGACGACACCACGCCAGCAGAGUGAGGUCCCGGCACCUCCCUGGCUUACCAGGUGCCUUGGCUGAGCCGUACCCCUAAGUAUUGUUACUUAAACCGUGUAGACAUUUUAUGUCAGUUUUAUGUCCCCUCCCUGCCCACCCCCCCUAUUUAUGUCCCUCUGCUCCCAGGGCCAGGGGGGGACCCUGCACCCCAGCACACCGGCUGCCCGGCCGCUCAAGGGAUGAGCGGGGGCCGAGCCUGCCGUUAACCCAUGGGAUAGUUCUCGAGGCCGCCCGCUGACAGGCGCGCCUGCCCCUGCCCCAAUAAAGUGGCAUGUUCUCCA